AUGGCUGCCAUUAUCUCCUGCCGCUACAACUACUGUUCCUCUCCACAACCUAUUAAAGCCUCCAAACCCAUCAACCCUAAUAAACUAUCCACCAAUUUCAUAAGCUUUGCUCAUACUCUGAAUAAUCGGCGAUUCCGCCCAAAAUGUUCUUGCAAAGACCCUCGCGGAGUUCAGACCCCUAGUGAUAAACAGUGUGGCCAGAAAGAUUGGAUCUUUUCGUUAAAAGAAUGUGCGAUUUCUAUGGCAUUGGCGGUGGGGUUAAUAGCUGGAGUACCAACAUUGGGUUGGCCUAAUUAUUCCAAUGCUGCAAAUGCUCCUCCAGUAUUGCCCGAUUUGUCCGUGUUAAUUUCUGGGCCGCCGAUUAAGGAUCCGGGAACUUUGUUGAGGAAUGCUUUGCCCAUUGACAAUAAAGCUAUUAGGGAGGUUCAAAAGCCACUUGAGGAUAUCACUGACAGUCUCAAGGUUGUAGGUCUCAAGGCGCUUGAUUCCGUAGAGAGAAAUGUGAGGCAGGCUUCUCGUGCGGUUAAACAAGGGAGGAGUUUGAUUGUCUCGGGAAUGGCAAAAUCAAAGGUGGAUCAUGGGAUCGAAUUGCUCAACAAGCUGGAGGCUGGGUUGGAUGAGCUUCAACAAAUUGUGGAGGAUAAGAAUCGAGAUGCAGUUGCACCUAAACAGAAGGAGCUGCUUAAUUAUGUCGGAGGGAAAAUUUUGUGGGUAGGUGGGUUGGGUGGAGAUAUGCUAAUAACUACAUGUCAACGGUUCUAUACCAUGGAUUGGAUGCCUCCAGAGCAUACAUACGAUUGUGUCAAAUGUUUAGCUUUUGGUGUUGAAGAGGACAUGGUGGAUGGCUUCCCUUAUGAAGUGCCUGAAGAAUAUCAAAGUAUGCCUCUCCUGAAGGGAAGAGCAACUGUGGAUAUGAAGGUCAAGGUGAAGGACAACCCUAACUUGGAUGAGUGCACAUUCCGUAUUGUUCUGGAUGGUUACAAUGCCCCAGUAACCGCUGGAAAUUUUAUAGAUCUUGUAGAAAGGCAUUUUUAUGAUGGAAUGGAGAUCCAGAGAGUCAGCAAGUUAUAUAUACUUUGCAAUUUGAAAACUCCAAUUGGAAACCAAAUUCAGAUCAGGAGACUAUGGUGGAAUAUUGACUCAAACAAAAUUUNGGAGCUUGGUCUAUACAAGGCUCAAACAAAGCUUCCAUUUAAUGCAUUCGGAACAAUGGCCAUGGCCCGAGAUGAGUUUGAGAACAAUUCUGCAUCAAGUCAGGUCUUUUGGCUAUUGAAAGAAAGUGAACUCACUCCUAGUAAUGCCAAUAUAUUGGACGGUCGGUAUGCAGUGUUCGGAUUUGUGACGGAAAACCAGGACUACCUUGCAGAUCUCAAGGUUGGAGAUGUCAUAGAGUCAAUGCAAGUGGUAUCUGGCUUGGAUAAUCUUGUCAACCCGAGCUACAAGAUUGCUGGCUAG